AUGGAAAAUGAGUAUGAUUCGAUUAACCUUGCAUCAACUGUGAGAAGUCAAUUUAUCAAUACUGCAAGUGAUGACCAACCUAAAUUCAACCUUAUGAUGUCAGAAGAAGAAGAUGAAAAUGAAUACGAAUUGGAUCCUGAAGAGUUUAUAUCAAGUAAAGAGGAAGAUAAGAAGGAAGAACCCAUGCUCAUGGAGUCAAUCAGUAGCAUUCUUGAUUCAGUAAUCCAGCCACCUACCGAGAAUCAAAACUUUAACGAACCCAUCAAACAUUUAACGACUAGAAUCGAGAUCUUACAGAAUGAGUUACGAAAGAAAGCAAGCUUAUACUCUGAGAAUUUGAAUUCUGGAGAUAAUAUAAAUGAAUUAAGAGACGAUAUAGUAAGAAUUUUCCAUCAAUUGUCCGAAUGCCAUUACUCCUUGAAUGAAUUGUAUUCAAAGGACGCCACAUAUACCCAAUCAAUAGCAGAAUAUUUUAAGACAUGGGAUCUCAAGCGUGAAAAGAUUUUGAAAAAAAUCAAACACAUCAAAAGUGGACAAAGUCAAUACGGUUCAAAAGUGAUCAAAUUGAUUAAAGAAUCUCAAAGUUUAGAUGAUGAAAUUGAUACGUUGGAACAAAAACUAUUAAUGAUGAAAAAGAAAAAGCAAUUAUUAAAUCAAGAAAUAGAAAAUGCAAAUAGUAUAAUUGAAAGUCGAAUAUCUACUUAUAUUGAGGGAUACAAAAAUUUGGAGAACAAUGGACAAGAUUUACUUCACAAUUAUUUGCAAAAUAGUGGUAUUCCUGAGACACAAAUUGCUACAUUAAUUGACAAAACCCCAAUAGAUAUAAGCUUUCUGAUUCCUACAAAGUUGAUUGGAAAAAGCAAUGACACUACUGAUGAACAGGUAAAAGAAACUGGAAUGGGAAUUCAGCCUUACGAUCCAACCCUUCAUACCUCUAAUGAGGCCACAGACAUGAACCAUGAUCACGGUCCCACGGCUUAUGAAAAAGGUUAUAUGAGAGGCUCACAAAAUUCAACCCAAUUAAAGCAUCAAUUUCAAACAAUAAUUGGUAAACUUGUAAAUAGUCCUAAUGUCUCAUCAUCAAAAGGUUCAAACAUCAAAUUAAAUGAGCAUUCCAAUAAUGUUUUAUCGCUGUCGAAUUUGGAGAGCGUAAGAGCAUAUCUAUUACAUAGACAUCAAGCAUUAAAUGAUCAAGUAAUUACAACAACUCAAAAAGCUUUCACGUUCAACGAAUAUGAUAAAUUAUGGACUAAAGUACGACAUAUCCUUAAGUCACAAGAAGACAAUUUUGAAAUGGUUUUGAGUAAGUCAACCACCGAUGGUGACAAGACUUCACUUUUAACCAUUUUGGAUAGCACAAAAAAUCAAUUGGAAAAACUCAAUCAAGAAGCUGGUGGUGAAUUGAUUACGAAACUUAUACAUGACGAAAUUGAUGCAAUUACAAAAGGAAUACAAUUGAUAAAAGAAGAAUCAAAACAAAUACUGAAGUCUAAGAAGUACAAUUGA